CAGAAGAUUCCCUUUUACAUCUAUUUCAAUGUUGUCCCUAUGCCAAAGGAGUGUGGUAUGGUGGUAGAUGGGGUUUUCGAGUCGAAAUGAUCCGAGCUCAAACUGUAAUGGAAUUUGUUGAACAUAUAAUUGACCCCCCAAGUGAGUUACUCGCAGAAAGAAUCACCAAAGAUGAGUUCACGCUAUUUGUAGUAGUGGCAAUGAAAAUCCUUUGGAUGGCACGAGAGGAAGCUUUGGUUUCAAACACUAAACCCCCCAUAAACCAAUUAGUCCACCGUCUGAACAAACAGUUUGACUUUUACUUGAGACCACUCACCAAAGGGCAAAACAUGGGAAGUGCUUGGACCAAACCACUUGAUCAAUUGGUAAAGCUUAAUUUCGAUGCAUCGUGUGAUCAAAACAAUGUAGGCUUGGCUUUGGUUCUCAAAGAUCAAGACGGGAAUGGGAGAGCUAUCAGACGUGGCAUAAACAUCAAUAGCAAGAAGGGUACAAAGCAAACUUCAUUGUAAAUCCAGCUUGCAAGCCAAAUUCUGCUUUGGCUUUGGCUUCUUC